AUGGAAAUUGGUGACAAGGGAGGAGAAGCAACAAACUACGGAAACCUAGGAAGUGUUUUACAUUCACUCGCUGAAUAUCUGAAGGCUAAAGAAUUUCACGAGAAAGCACUUGCCAUCAACAUGGAAAUUGGUGACAAGGGAGGAGAAGCAAGAAACUACGGAAACCUAGGAAGUGUGUUACAUUCACUCGGUGAACAUCAGAAGGCUAAAGAAUUUCAUGAGAAAGCACUUGCCAUCAACACGGAAAUUGGUUGCAAAAGAGGAGAAGCAAGAAAUUACGGAAACCUAGGAAAUGUGUUUGAAUCAUCCGGUGAACAUCAGAAGGCGAAAGAAUUCCACGAUAAGGCACUCGCCAUCAACGUGGAAAUUGGUCACAAGGAAGGAGAAGCAAGAAAUUACGGAAACCUAGGAACCGUGGUUGCAUCAUUCGGUGAACAUGGGAAGGCGAAAGAAUUCCACGAGAAAGCACUCGCCAUCUACAUGAAAAUUGGUGACAAAAUUGGAGAAGCAGGAAGCUACGGAAGCCUAGGAAAUGUGUUACUUUCACUUGCUGAACAUCAGAAGGCUAAAGAACAUCUCGAGAAAUCACUUUCCAUCAACAUGGAAAUUGGUGACAAGAAAGGAGAAGCAACAACUUACGGAAACCUAGGAACUGUGUUCAUUUCACUCUGUGAAUAUCAGAAGGCUAGAAAGUAUUAUGCGAAAGCACUUGCCAUAAACAUGGAGAUUGGAAACAAGAAAGGAGAAGCAAAAUGCUACGGAAAUCUAGGGACUGUGUUCUGUUUACUUGGUGAAUAUCAGAAGGCCAAAGAAUACUGUGCGAAAGCACUUGCCAUCAACAUGGAAAUUGGAAACAAGAGAGGAGAGGAAUCAAACUACAGAGACCUAGGAAAUGUGUUCAAUUCACUCGGUGAAUAUCAGAAGGCUAAAGAAUAUCUCGAGAAAGCACUUGUAAUCGCAACCGAAAUUGGUGACAAGAUAGGAGAAGCAAGAAGCUACGAAAACCUAGGAGGUGCGUUAACAGUACUCGGUGAAUAUCAGAAGGCUAAAGACUAUCACGACAAGGCACUUGCCAUUAGCAUAGAAACUGGCGAUAAAUCGGGACAAGCACAUUGUUACUUGGAAAUUGGACUGGCAUUUCUAGGGCUCAAAAAAUAUCGGGACGCUAAGGAAUGUGGCGAGAAAGCACUUUCUAUUGCCACAGAAAUUGGUGACCGACAAAGUCAAGCACAAGCUUUCGGUAUCCUCGGCAGUGUGUCUGAAUGGCUUCAUGAUUAUCAGAAGGCCAAAGAAUCUUACGAGAAACAACUUUCUAUCAGCAGUAAAAUUGGCCACAGAAAAACAGUAGCAAAAGGUUAUCUACUCCUAGGAAAAGUGUCUUUAAUCAUUGGCACAUAUGACAGAGCUGACGAAUACCUUGAGAAAGCCCGCGUGAUAAGCUGCGAUGUCGGAUACAUACUGAAUGAGUUUAACACCCUGUUCUCAAGGAAAUGA